UGGAGCCAUAAGUCUAAAUUUUUUUAGAGUGCCUAAUUUACCAUCUCCCCCUCUUAUGCUAGAGCACCGGAUCCUUUCACCCCGGCGUGGUCUCCUGCGCCGACAUCCUCGCCUUCGCGGCCCGGGACAGCGUCGUGCUCGCCGGCGGCCUCGGCUACCAGGUGCCGGCCGGCCGCCGCGACGGCAGGAGAUCCCUCGCCAACGAGACGGACGACCUGCCGCCGCCGUUCUUCAACGCCACGGAGCUGGUAGACAGCUUCGCUCGGAAGAACCUCACCCUGGAGGACAUGGUCGUCCUCUCCGGCGCCCACUCCAUCGGCGUCUCCCACCGCAGCAGCUUCGCUGGCGUCCCAAGCAACCCCGCCAACCGGCUCUACAACUUCAGCGGUAUUGAUCAGUCGCUGAGCAAUGCCUACGCAUUUCUGCUCAGGAGCAUCUGCCCGCCCAGCAGCAACCAGACCUUCCCGGCGACAACGCCGUUCAUGGACCUCAUCACGCCGACCAAGCUCGACAGCAAGUACUACGUCGGCCUGCAGAACAACCUGGGCCUCUUCUCGUCGGACGCGGCGCUGAUGACCAACGCGACGACGAAGGCGCUCGUCGACGCCUUCGCGCGCAGCGAGGCGACGUGGAGGGCCAAGUUCGCCAGGUCCAUGCUCAAGAUGGGGGGCAUCGAGGUGCUGACCGGGACGCAGGGAGAGAUCAGGCGCAACUGCAGGGUCAUCAACCCCGCGAGGACCACCACCGGCGCUCAUCCUGUUGUCGCCGGAUCGUCAGGGUCUUCAGGAUCCACUGAAGUAGCUGCAAGCUAAUGGAUUGUCAGUAGAUGUGGGGGCAGUGUGCAGAGUGAUUGUCUUGUUAGAAUGUGAUGCUGCAACAAGUGGUGAGCAGAUUAUAGCUAGAUAACUUUCUUGUUACAUGAUCAGGUAGAGAACACAAUCUAGAAAACUGAAGAAAAAGGAGGUGUGAGCAGUGAGCAUAGUCUGUUGUACGUUAACAGUUGUUCAUUUGUGGAUCUGUGGAGUUUGAUCGUGAGGAUGAAAUAAAUCUUUGAAAAAUACUGUUCUUUGUGGCAAA